AUGAAGUUCUUUCAGCCUUUUGCCGUUUUUCUCUCUGCUCUCUCAUCCAUUGCCCCGAGCGGGGUGAUGGCGGAGGGAGAUGUAGACUACCAGCGUCUAAAGGGUACGGAGAUUAAGUACCAAGGACUGACACUAUACGUAUCCAAGCCUCACCCAUCGCUGGGCUACAAGAAGCCUGGAACUCGAACUGGCGUUCUUCUUCUGACCGAUGUUUAUGGCCUCAAGCUCAGAGAGAACCGCGAGCUAGCCGACAACUUCGCCAAGCAAGGUUUUAUCACAGUUGCACCAGACCUAUUCAACGGGAACCCAGCUCCAAGUGUAGACACUCCUGGGUUCAACAUCACCGAGUUCCUCGGCAAGUACCCUCCCAAGGUCACCGAUCCCGUCGUAGCAAAGGCAAUCAAGUACCUACGCAAGGAGCUUAAGGUUCAAAAAGUCGCUGCAUCUGGUUACUGCUACGGUGGACGAUACGUCUUCCGCUCGUUGGAUAAGAAUGGAGGUGUGGAUGUCGGUUUCACGGCUCAUCCCAGUCUGCUCGCUACUGAUGAGAUCAAUGCCGUCACAAAGCCUGUGUCUAUUGCCGGUGCCGCCCAGGAUGAGAUCUUUCCCCAGCCGCGCCAAGCUGAGACCGAUGCUAUUCUAACCAAGAUCGGCAAGCCUUUCACUUCGGUCUUGUACAGCGGUACCAACCAUGGAUUUGCUGUUAGGGCGAAUGCGUCGAUCCCGCAGCAGGUAUUUGCCAAGGAGGAGGCUUUCUACCAGGCCGUUCGAUUCUUCACCGCAUGGGACUAG